AUGUCGCCGGGAAGACGUGUUCUCGCAGCUCUGCUGGCCGGAGUGACUUCCUCCUUCGCACUCGCUGCUCACGCCGAGGGCGAAACCGCAUGCCGCGCAGCUCUGGAAGAGGGCUUGGCCGUGGCCUUGGCGUACUCGGGUGCUCCGGUCUUGGCUCGCCCCUCAUGGCAUCAGCAGGAGCUCCUGCAGAUGUUUGAGGUCUCCGAGCAGCAGCUUUUGGGCUGUCAAGCCCUGGGCUUCGUCCCCUAUCGCUUCGGCCAUGCACUGCUUUGUGUGGUGCAAGCCUGCGAUGCAGAGGACCUGGUGCGAGCCCUCGCGCUUCCGGCCUUCCUAGCCGCCAUGGGCGUGGAGAUUCCGGCUGAUCAGCAGGCCGAGAUGAUCAUCGGUCGAUUGGCCCACUGGAAGGAGAUGAAGGCGGACUUCGUGGUGGCGGGCUUCGAGAGCGGCGGCACCACCAGCUUAGUUCAUCACCUGCAGACCAUCCCGGAUAUCUACAUGAUGCCCUUUGAGUUUUCAGAUUGGGCGCGUGACUUCACUCGUCCGCGUGACUUGCCGGUGCCGGAAUGCGAGACGCUGGUCAGUUACUGGCCCGCCUUCAUGAGCUUUGCCUUUUGGCCCGCGGCCGAGACUGUGGAACGCUUCAACCAGCAAGCCUCACGUUGCGGGUGGCAGAAACGCAUCGGCGUCUGGGACUCGCGCUAUGCGACGCACCCCAUCGCGGUGCGGAAGAUCCAGGCGCUGCUGGCGGACAAAGCUUCUGCUCGGGUGAUCCUCUGCUUCCGCGAUCCCAUCCGCUAUGUGGUGUCGACCUUCAACCGCUUGAGCCCGGAGCACCCGGGUGGAAGGAAAGGGAACUACACCUUGCUGAUGCGAGACAUGGCAAGAGCAGUUGGCUGGGAGCGCCUACACAUGCAGCCCUUUGAUUUGCUUUCGGAGCCUGAGGAGAUGGCCCAGCUGCUGUUGGCAGUGGGCAGCCGUCACCGACCUCAUGGGCCUUUGCCACAUGAGAACCAAGGCAGUGCGAAGCGCGUGGAUGUGUGCGACCUGUCAGAUGAAGACCUGGCCGCUUUGGUGUUGCUGGAGCGGCUUUACACACCGGAGUUCCGGCGGCUUCUGCGGCGCUUCGGCCGGCGCGGCUGGAGCUGGCCCGAACGGGCUGGCGCUGUCGGGCCUGAUGGGGUUUGCAGGAGUUGGGGUGGCAGCGAAGCGGAAGCGGUCCAGUCGCUGGGUGGAAAAGGAUCGGAUCUGCACGGCGACGAAGGAGUUCUGAGCAGGGAGGGCAGUGCUCUGCAUCUGCUGGUCGCGGCCAAGCAGAAAAGCCUGGAGCCGGGCCCUGCCAUGCACUCCGCCACCAGUGGCGCCUGCCGUGGCCGCUGGUUGGUUGCUCUGCGCUUGCUCCACGAAGUGCAGCGGCUCAAGACGCAGCUGGUCUCUAUCAGCCACAAUACGGCCAUGAGCUCUUGCAAGUGGCCAGACAUUCUACGAUUGGUCGUCGACAUGCGCCACCGGGCCCUCCAGCCGGACGCCGCGAGCCGCGCGGCGGCGGCCGGCGGCGGCGCCUGGCGCUGGGCUCUGGGCAUUGGAGGUGGUGGAGGCGACCUCGAGAGGCCGCGCCUCGCGUUCCACGCGCUGCUGGGCGCCGUUCCACGCGAUGCCUGGCGGAGGGUGUUGGAGCUGCUGCGCUCGAUGCCUUUGGAGGCCUUGGAGCCCGACAUCGUGAGCUACAGCGCGGCCAUGGGCCAGGCCGGACCGGCCUGGGCCCUGGCGGGCGCCCUGCUGGUGCAGGCGCGGCGCACGGGGCUCCGCCUGGACGCCCUGAGCUACACCCGAGCCAUCCAGGCCUUCGGCAGCGCAGCUCACGCGCACGUGUGCGGCGCCUUUUGGGCUCAAGGGCUUGGGAGAGCAGAGAUCCGAACAGGGCUGCUCGAGCAGCCUUCGGUGACGAAGCAAAGGAUGGUGGAGCUGAAGAACGGAGAGACCUACAGUGGAGUGUUGGCCUCUUGCGAUGGCUUCAUGAACUUGCACAUGCGCGAUAUCGUGUGCACCUCCCGUGACGGCGAACGCUUUUGGAAGAUCCCCGAGUGCUACGUGCGUGGAAACAGCAUCAAAUACCUACGUUUGCCCGAUGAGGUCAUUGACAUGGUCAAAGACGAGCCCCAGUCUCGCAAGGAGAUCCGUCAGCAGUUCAAAGCUCGUGGCCGUGGUCGCGGGGGAAAGGGCGAGGGCCGUGGCCGGGGCCGGGGCGGCCAGUCGGCGGGCCCCGGAGAGAAGCGCGCCGGUGGUGGUGGAGAUAAGGCCGGGAAGAAAGCUCGUGGAUAA